CCCCUGCCCCCCCAUAGAUUGGCUCCCAUCAGUAUAUAUGAAACCUCUUCCCUUGAGCUCAGACACUGGAGAGCUCCCAGGGCCACUCAUUCUGACAGUUUCACUGAGAAACUGAACAUUCUCAGGGAAGCACUGUGGGAUAGCAGCAGUACCUUGUGGGAUUUCUGGGCAGUUCUUUAAAGAGCUGGCAGAGCCAUGCUGGGUCCUCAGCUCCUGGUUUUGGGUUGCUUGGUGUGGGGGGCUCUAGGCAGGACAGCCAGUCUCAGAAGGGCUAAUGACAAGAAUGGCAGAUGCCUCUACACUUUUACCGUGCCCAGCCCCACUGAGUCUAGCUGUCCAGGAUCUACUGAAGCCAAUUCAGCCAUCCAGGAGCUCCAGAGAGUUAGCAGUGCCCAGAGGUCAGAGUUAGAAGCUGCAAAGAGCCGGCUCAGUGCCCUGGAGACCCUCGUGAGGCAACUGGGAGGGGAUGUCAUCACUCCAAGUCUCAUGCCUCCAGCAGUAGAGGACAUGCAAAGAGAACUGGAUAACCUGAGGAGAGAGAAAAGCAGCCUGGAGCAAGACUAUAACAAUUUCCUCCAGGAAAAAGCUUCCCUGGAGAAGGAGAAAAGGCAGCUGGAGAAUGAGAAUCGAAACCUGGCCAGGAGGCUGGCGAGCAACCGCCAGGAGAUGGAGAUGCUAAGAUUAGGCCAAUGUCCUCAGAUCAAAGAAACAGCAGCCGAUGUUCCCCAAGGUUCCAAGGAAGUUUCUAAAUGGGGUGUGCAGAAGCUAGACUACCAAGAACUGAAGUCUGAAUUAACUGAAGUUCCUGCUUCACACAUCUUCAAAGAGAGUUUGACUAAUCAUUCUGGUAAUAAGGAUGUGGGCGAUGGUUGUGGAGAACUUGUCUGGGUGGGCGAGCCAAUCGCCUUAAGAAAGGCAGAGACGAUUGCUGGCAAGUAUGGCGUCUGGAUGAGAGACCCUGAGCCCGUGUACCCCUACACCAGGGAGACCACCUGGAGAGUUGACACAGUUGGCACCGAUAUUCGUCAGGUCUUUGAGUACGACCAGAUCGUCCAGUUCACACAGGGGUAUCCUUCCAAAGUUCACAUUCUGCCGGUACCAAUGGAGAGCACUGGGGCGGUAGUUUACCGUGGAGCCCUCUAUUAUCAGAAACACACAUCUAGAACUGUGAUUAGGUAUGAACUCAAGUCUGAAAGUGUGAAGGCUCAAAGGGAUAUUCCCAAUGCUGGUUACCAUGGACAGUUCCCUUAUUCUUGGGGUGGCUAUACCGACAUUGACUUGGCGGUAGAUGAGUCAGGACUCUGGGUCAUCUAUAGCACAGAAGCAGCGAAGGGAGCCAUUGUCCUUUCCAAAGUGAAUCCGGAGACCCUGGAACUCGAGCAAAGCUGGGAGACCAACAUUCGAAAACAGUCAGUGGCCAACGCCUUCAUAAUCUGCGGCACGCUGUACACCGUCAGCAGCUAUUCAGCAGCUGAUGCCACCAUUAACCUGGCGUAUGAUACCAGUGCCGGGAGCAGCAAGGCCCUGAGCAUCCCAUUCAAGAACCAGUUUCAGUAUAGCAGCAUGGUUGAUUACAAUCCUGCUGAAAAGAAGAUCUUCUCGUGGGAUAAUUUCAAUAUGAUGCUGUAUGACAUCAGGCUUUCUCAGAUGUGAAACGCUCCAGAGCUAUCCCAGGAAUGAGAGGAAGAUGUAGUCCUCGGUACUAACUAGGAACUCAAGGACAAGGGAGAAGGCAGAGGGAAGAGCAAGCUUUCCCCCUGCCCGCGCUGGGAUUUUUUGUGCUUUCCUUGUCUGCGCAAACUCAGAAGAAUUCAUCUUUUCAUAGCACUUGGCUCUGAAAGAAUAACUUUCUUUUUUUUGGAGUGGAGAGGGAGUGGAGAACAUGAUAAAUUCUGCUCAAAACUAGCAACGCUUUUAUGAAUAAUCCCAAAUGGCUGAAGAACCAAACCUUUGGAGGGCUUCUUGAGGAAAGCAAAAGGAAGAAGAAUGUCUGGAUUGUGGGUUGGCCAAGACCACCCAUUCUACAGUUUUUGGUGGUGGAUUUUUCAUCAGCAUAGACUCUUCUUCCAUGGAUGGGAUCACACUAUUCCUCCAUACCAUCUCAUCCUGCUUGAUUCCCAUUCAUGUUUUCCUAUAAAUUUAACACUGAAGACCUGCCCAACUUGCUGCGGGUGGGAGGGAGGUGGAGGAUGUUCCACUGCUAUUUUAAUUUCUUGGGGCUUGCAGAGCUGCAAUAUAUAACACGAAGCCUAUGACUCAGUGAAGAGAAGCAUCCUAGUGCCUACGCUGGGCUUCGAUUCAGAGACGAUGUAUUCACAAGAGUUCAUUCCUACUGUCUCUGAUCAUGCCCAAUGGUGCCUUUUCAAAUAAACAUGUUGCAGAAUGUUCAUAUUUCAA